UCCGAGAGCGCCUCGGCUCCGCGGCCUCCGCCCCGCCGCCAUGUACCGCUGCCUCGGGGAAGCGCUGCUGCUGGCUCGCGCCGGGCCCGCCGUCCUCGGCUCGGCGGCUGCCGACUCGGCCGCGCUGCUGGGCCGGGCCCGGGGCAGCCCGCCGCCGCCCCGCAGCGGGCUCGCGCUGCCCGCCCGGCGACACUACAGCGAGGCGGUGGCCGACCGCGAGGACGACCCCAACUUCUUCAAGAUGGUGGAGGGCUUCUUCGAUCGCGGCGCCAGCAUCGUGGAGGACAAGCUGGUGGAGGACCUCAAGACCCGGGAGAGCGAGGAUCAGAAGCGCAACCGGGUGCGCGGCAUCCUGCGGAUCAUCAAGCCCUGCAACCAUGUGCUAAGCCUGUCCUUCCUCCGGCGCGACGACGGCUCCUGGGAGGUCAUCGAAGGCUACCGGGCCCAGCACAGCCAGCACCGCACGCCCUGCAAGGGAGGUAUCCGUUACAGCACUGAUGUAAGUGUGGAUGAAGUAAAAGCUUUGGCUUCUCUGAUGACAUAUAAGUGUGCAGUGGUUGAUGUACCAUUUGGGGGUGCCAAAGCAGGUGUGAAGAUCAAUCCCAAGAACUAUACUGAUAAUGAAUUGGAAAAGAUCACAAGGAGAUUCACCAUGGAACUGGCAAAGAAGGGCUUUAUUGGCCCUGGCAUUGAUGUGCCUGCCCCAGACAUGAGCACUGGAGAGCGGGAGAUGUCCUGGAUUGCUGACACCUAUGCUAGCACCAUAGGACACUAUGAUAUUAAUGCCCAUGCCUGUGUUACUGGCAAGCCCAUCAGCCAGGGUGGAAUCCAUGGGCGUAUCUCUGCUACUGGUAGGGGAGUUUUCCAUGGGAUUGAAAACUUUAUCAAUGAAGCUUCCUACAUGAGCAUUUUAGGAAUGACACCAGGGUUUGGAGAUAAAACAUUUGUUGUUCAGGGAUUUGGUAAUGUGGGCCUGCAUUCUAUGAGAUAUUUACAUCGUUUUGGUGCUAAAUGCGUUGGUGUUGGUGAAUCUGAUGGAAGCAUAUGGAAUGCAAAUGGUAUUGACCCAAAAGAACUGGAAGACUACAAAUUGCAACAUGGAUCAAUCAUGGGCUUCCCCAAGGCCAAGCCUUACGAAGGUAACAUUUUGGAGGCUGAAUGUGACAUAUUGAUUCCUGCUGCAAGCGAGAAGCAGCUGACCAAGUCCAAUGCACCCAGGGUCAAAGCCAAGAUCAUUGCUGAAGGUGCCAAUGGACCAACAACUCCAGAAGCUGAUAAGAUUUUCCUAGAGAGGAACAUUAUGGUUAUUCCAGAUCUCUAUCUGAAUGCUGGAGGAGUGACAGUGUCUUACUUCGAGUGGCUAAAGAACCUAAAUCAUGUCAGCUAUGGCCGUUUAACCUUCAAAUAUGAAAGAGAUUCUAACUACCACUUGCUUAUGUCUGUUCAAGAAAGUUUGGAAAGAAAAUUUGGAAAGCAUGGUGGAACUAUCCCUGUCGUACCCACAGCAGAGUUCCAAGACAGAAUAUCGGGUGCAUCUGAGAAAGACAUCGUGCAUUCUGGCUUAGCUUACACUAUGGAGCGUUCUGCCAGGCAAAUCAUGCGCACUGCCAUGAAGUAUAACCUGGGAUUGGACCUGAGAACGGCUGCCUAUGUCAACGCCAUUGAGAAAGUCUUCAAGGUGUACAAUGAAGCUGGUGUAACCUUCACAUAGAUGGAUUGUGGCUGACUUCUUCACUACCCUUUUCACCUCUUCAUCUGCAGACCUAUCACGAGUUUACAUGUAACCACAGAAAUCUCUCUCUCAUGACUUAUUAGAUAAUGGACACCAUUCUCAACAAGCCAAUCCAAAUCAGCCCCUUAAGAAGAAAGAAAAUUAAGGUUAGGGGAUCAUGUGUAAAUGGAUAAGUGUGAAAGUAGAAAUUACCUAUUCCAGAGAGCCAUUUGGGUACUUUGCCUUUAAAUAAAAUGUCUCUUCCAUCUGGCUGUGCUGCCUUGCUCCAUGGCUGUUUCCCAACACGGUGAAAGCUGUGGCCCAGAAAGCACCUAUUGUCCAAGAAUAGUCAGUUGCUUGCUGCUUUAGCUGUGGACAAAUCUGAGACAUGCUGUGACUUUGACACAUUUAAGAAGCAGAUGUGUGGCAUUUUCAUAAGGUAGCAUGGUCCUUAAGUGAGUUAUUGGUAUUUUACAUCAGCAAAUUAACUCCAUUUUACAAGUUGCAAACAAAAGCUAUUUCUCUUUAUGCAUUUUAUUCUUUUAGAAUAAAAUAAAUACAUGCUGCUGUAAUAAAAUUGCCUUUAAUCACUUAACAAGCCUAACUUUGACUGAAACAGUGAAUGCCUAUAAACAUAAAUGGAAAAAAGCUAGUAUUUUUAUAACAUAAAACAGUAUCAUUUAUAGCUUAUCAAUCAUGUAUUGUUGUCCAGCAAAUAUAAGAUGCCCAAUGGA